AACCAAAACCAGUAGACCCAAAUCUUGUAAGUUUAAAAAAGAAUAACUACUGCAAAACUUCAUCUUAUACAUCAGCUACUUACACUUAUCUGAGGUGUUAAGCGCCGCCGCAUUUCGCAGUACAUUUGUUAUCAUGCUCGAUAAGUUUUUAACUUUUCUUAAUAAUAAUUAACAACAACAACGGAAUCCGGCAUUAUCUAUCAAACGUGGAUGGUCUGUCGCCACAGCCACAGCUCUUUACAGUGUCGACAAUGACCGCAAUAUUUUCGAAUAUUAUAUCUAAACUUACUUUAAAAAAUAUGAGUUAAACCUUUAACCAAAAAUUGUGCAGCUAUACACUUCUUUUCCCUUUUUAGCGUUCUUGAGUGCAUUGUAAAAGUUCGAUUUAACUAAAAGUGUUAAAUUUGGGGUGUUUUCCAAUGAACAAUUAUUAUUUUUUAAAGAACAAUGAGGUUUGUGUACCGGAAUACGCCGAAGCGGAGCUACGAAGACCUCUCCUCCCCCAGCUCCGUGCAGUCCGUCGAUAGUUACGAACUGUUCGGCAGCGCGGGCUCCGACUACUCGGACUGCGAGCUGUGCGACGAGCGCCGCCGCCGCACCAGGCACAGCGCCCCUACACCAGCGUCCUACAGCAACACAGCCCCUAGUAGUUCCCCCAGCGCCAUGGACCGCACAGACCGAGCCGAGCGCGAUGCGAGGGACCGCACACACUCGCCCGCGCAUGAGAACACGCCGCUGCUCGCUGCACCCCCGGCCCCGCCCGCUUACACUGUGGUCAGGGAUAGCGACUCUUUGGGACCGGCCGACUUAUCUUCAAAAGCUGUAUUAACCACAAUGGACAAAUUGGAAAGAGAUAAAGAAAAGAUCCCCGAAAGAAAGAAAAAACAGAGCUCUUUAGUCACUAUCUUCUCCCUAUGGAACACCACAAUGGGUUCCUCACUACUCACCAUGGCGUGGGGCGUGGAGCGCGCGGGGCUGGCGGCGGCGCUGGCGCUGCUGGCCGGCAUGGGCGCCGCCUGCCUCUUCACCGCACAUACGCUGCUGAGGGUUAAUAAGCACCACGGCGGCGCCACAUGCGAAGUACCAGCGCUAUGUCGCACCCUACUCGGCCGCACAGCAGAGACCAUCGCCCACGGGUUCAGCCUGCUAGUGCUGCUGGGAGCCAACAUCGUGUACUGGAUACUGAUUACUAACUUUCUGUACUUUACGGUCAAUUAUUUGAUGGAUUUGCCGACAACCUACGGCACAAUAUACAACACAACGCUAACUUGCCGCACCGACUUGAACGGUACAGUCGCGGACACGGCCGGCUCGCCGUACUGGGACCUGCACUCGACUGUACCGGUCUACGUCGCGUGUCUGGUGUUCCCGCUGCUGAUUAGCAAUAACGCGUCGUUUUUUACUAACUUCAACUCUUUGGGCACACUCUCAGUCCUCUACCUACUAAUCUUCGUGAUCUUCAAGGGCUCGGUCUGGGGCAUCAACUUCAACAGUACCCUAGUAGUGACGCACGCGGGCAAAGACGCCGCGGCUCUGAGUGGAAUGUUGGCCCUGUCGUUCUAUAUUCAUAAUAUUAUCAUUACAAUUAUGAAUAAUAAUGACCGGCAGGAGAAAAACGGGCGAGACCUGACGAUAGCGUUUGUUCUAGUCACAAUAACGUACACAUUGGUGGGAACUAUAUUCUACAUCUGCUUCCCGCUGGUCAAGACUUGCAUUGAAGACAAUCUACUGAACAAUUUUGAAAUGCACGAUGUGAUGACUGCCGUGGCAAGAGUACUUUUGCUAUUCCAAGUGAUAACAGUAUACCCACUAGUGGCCUACAUGCUGCGCAGCGAGGCCCUGCUGCUGCUCCCGCUGCGGGGGGCGGGGGGGGCGCUGCUGGUCAACGUGGGCAUUGUUACUGUGUGUGUGCUGUUCGCGUGCUUCUGUCCGAAUAUUAGCACUAUUAUCAGAUAUACGGGCGCCCUCUCCGGGCUAGUGCACGUGUUCGCACUGCCCGCGCUGCUGCAGGCGCGCUCGCUGCACGUGCGCGGGCGGCUCACGGCGGCGCGCGCUGCUCCUCACGUGUUUGUGCUGCUGCUGGGCGUGGCUAACUUCGCUAUGCAGUUCUUUAUUGACGAAUAGUGUGUAUAUAUAAUAUACUAGAUGUUCCGAGCUUUGCUUCGCCUUAAAAAGUUUUCCCGUGGGAA